AUCUGGUCAAGGUCUGUUUUGUUUCCCUCCAGCUGUAUCAGAGUAUGACACGAGUUCAUUUAUUCCUUCUCCAGUCGUAACCACUGAUUUAAAUGGUUCCAAGAUGUUUUAUUGUACUUGGGGUGCUUUACCUUCUAGGUGGUUGUAUGUCUUAAACAGUCCUACAGAUGUAGACUUCUGGCGCCACUUGAGAUCAAUUUUUGAA